AUGGCCGUCGAUAAAUUAUACGAAUGUGAAGACUUUUUAGUAGUGAAUAAACCAUACGAUAUGUAUAUAAAUUCGGAUGACGAAAAUGAAAAGAACACCGUAACCUGUCACAUUGCAUCCCACGACUCCCAUCUAUCGACUUCUUCAAACCCGCUGUAUUUUAUACAACGACUCGACUAUUCAACUAGUGGCGUCCUCUGUAUUGCUAAGAACAAAACCACCGCUGGUUUAGCUGGAAAACUCUUUGAAAAACGUUUAACGAAGAAGUAUUACUUGGCAAUUGUGAGAGGCCACCCAGAAUUUCAAGUCGCCGAAAUACGAUACGCUGUGGGCGUAGAUCAAACACCGGAUCACGGGCAUCGUAUGUCAGUGGUAUCCAAGACGAGUAUCGCUGGUGAUGCACGACCGGCUCACACGCGGCUCUUAUUACUUGAAACUGGAUAUUAUUGUGGACAACCCGUAGCUGUAGUACUUUUAAAGCCAAUUACGGGUCGCCGUCAUCAAUUACGCAUCCAUUGCCACUCGGCCUCUCACACUAUUCUUGGAGACUACACCUACAGUGACCGUACUGACACUGCUCCACAUCGAAUGUUUUUGCAUGCUAUUAGGCUAGUAUUACCGUUGCCACAUAAACCGUUAGACAUUCAAACGGCUGAGCCUUUCUUCAGCGAUUCUAAGUUUUCUAGUAAGUGGAAGUCUCACCGAGUCGUGUAUAAAUACAGGAGUAAAGAGGAACUGUUGGCGGCAUGUGAUGAUCUUGACAGGGAAUAUAUAGUUGGUGUCAAAUAUAAAGAUUUUAGCGUUUAA